AUGAAGGACAGCACGGUGCUCCAGCUGGCGCCGACCGCACCCGUCGCAGCAUCGGCGGUCGCGCCCGGCCCCAAGGUGCCCAUCCCGGUCCCCAGCAAGGACGCCAUCGACGUGCCGUCCAAUGUACAAAAGCAACCCUGGAACACAAAGAACCUGGGCCUGCGGCUCGCGGCCGACUUCACAAGCGCUGCGUGCGCGGCUUCUAUGGUGGCGCCCCUGAUAUCCAUCAUCGACAGAUCGAUAAUGGAAAACGCCUCGGGCCGCAACACGCUCGUCGCUAGCCUGAAAGCCUCGUUCCGCGCGCUGCUGCUGCGCCCGCACACGAUGCUCUUCUCGAAACCCGUCGCGCUGAUCUUCAUGCUCUACGGCGGCACCUACCUCACAGCCAACACGCUCGACACGGCGACCUCGACGGCGCGCAACGCAUCCGCCACGCACGUAACGUCCGGCACGCCCAAGUUCGCUGCCUCGUCCGCGGCCAACGUCGGCCUGUGCAUCUUCAAGGACCAGGUCUACGUCAAGAUGUUCGGGCCCGGCGGCCCGCCGCGUCCCGUGCCGCUCCCGAGCUACGCGCUCUUCGCGCUGCGCGACAGUCUGACCAUCUUCGCCUCGUUCAACGUGCCGCCGCUCCUGGGCCCCGUGCUGACGGCGAGGAUGAGCGCCGAGGUCAACCGCACCGUCAGCGGCACCACCGUCGCGCAGUUCGUGGCCCCGGCCGCCGUGCAGCUGCUAUCGACGCCGAUCCACCUGCUCGGUCUCGACUUGUACAAUCGACCGGCGACGGGGGGCGUAGGGUGGGCGGAGCGGUGGGCGCUGGUGAGGAAGAACUGGCUCAUCAGCACCGCGGCUCGCAUCUGUCGGAUUGUGCCGGCGUUUGGAGUCGGCGGCACCGUCAACAUGAAGGUGCGGAAGAACCUGAUGGAGAGGCUGGUCUAG